AUUGACGUGGCAACGGAAUUAACACCAUCCCUUGGAAAUAAAAAGAAACAGCGUACUGACUGAUCCGGUAACUUUCUUUGGAUUGUGAUUUUUAGGUUUGCCAUAUAUCACCCGAGAUUUGAAUGCGCCACCCAUGGCGACUACGUUGACCGCUGCUCUUUUUGUGCUUUUUAUGGGCAUUGCUCCUGUAUUUUGGGCUUCGAUUUCCGAUUUUUACGAAGUACGACGUGUACUUUUCAUGAUCUCCAUGGUGAUCUUCAUUGCGGCGUCUCUUGGCUCGGCGUUCAUUACCAACAUUUGGGGUCUCGUCGUCUUGCGCUGCGUGCAAUCCAUUGGUUCCUCUUGCGGUCAAUCAGUAGGAGCAGGUACGCUUUUCAACAACGUUGCACCUUUAUUCAACCCGACUUUUUUUUUUCUUAACUCACAAAUUUAUUCGUUUUCUCGUUAUUUCAAUGUAGGCGUCAUUGCAGAUUGUUACCCUGUUGAACGACGUGGCGCGGCUUUUGGCAAAUACUUUUUCGGUGUUUUCAUUGGUCCCUUGACCGGUCCUAUUAUUGGUGGCGCCUUGAUCAUGAGCAGUCUGACGUGGCGAGCAACGUUUUGGUUCUGUGUGGCCCUCGGUGCUGUGAUUGUGAUCUGCUUGUUUUUCCUUUUACCCGAGACGUAUCGAGUCAACGCACGUUUCGAUACCACUUUGCCGACGAGCGACAAGGAUGUCAAGGCCAACGAGACCAAUACCAAUACAGAUUCGAUGGACGGGGACAGCCGUUCAGAAACGAUCUCCGUUACCAAUGAAAAGGGUCAAGACGUGGCUGCACCUUCUUCGAAACCAGUGCUCCAUACACCUAUGGCCAAGAAACGAUUCAACAUUUUGGCUCCCUUCCUGAUGCUUCGUCAUCCCUUUGUAUUCCUUGCAUCGCUGAUUUCCGGUAUUACCUUUGGCAGUAUGUUUGCCGUGGAAACCAUUAUUCCCGGACUGUAUGGCGAACACUACGGAUUUUCAUCGUGGCAAACCGGUCUUAGUUAUUUGGGUGCCGGUGUCGGUAAUAUGACAGCCACGUUUAUCGUGGGAAUGAUUUCCGAUCGUCUGUUGCUUCGCGCUCGCCGUCUGCGUGGAGGCAAAGCCCUGGUGGAAGAUCGUCUUACGAUCAAUUUGUGGCCUUGCGGUUUGCUCAUCAUUCCUUUCGGACAGCUGCUGUUCGGUUGGUCCAUUGAAAGCGGUCUGUCGGUGUGGGCUCCCAUUAUUGGCUUCGGUAUUCACACCUUUGGUAUGAAUCAAAUCACCACCGCCACAUCGGCCUACCUGGUGGAUGCGGUUCCUGGUGUGGGCGCUUCGGCCACUGCCGCGGCGAAUCUCGUGCGUAUGGUAAUUGCCUGUGUUUUGACCUUGGUGGCCAAUCCCAUGGUGCAAGCUUUAGGUCCCGGUUGGACCAGUGUCUUGUUGGCCGCUUUGAGCUGGGUAUCCAUGGCACUCAUGUUUGUCCUCAAAUUCCGCGGCGAAGCCUUGCGAAAAUGGAGUGGUUUUGCUUAAUUCACUCGCUUUCCUUAAAUUUUUGUCUUUUUUUUUUUAGUGUUUGCUUUGCAUCAUCAUUUUCCAUAUCCCCAUACUCUUUUUUUUUUGUACUUUCUAGUUCAUCACUCAACUUUUAAUUUAUCACACAGUCUUCAUAUUUUGCACUCAUUCAUUUUUCCUGACAAGAAAAAUAAAAACCACUGCCAAAGAAAGAAAAUCAUGUCAUGUCAUAAAAUCUGUU